AUGGCGACGAAAGAGACCUUCGCGUCCUUCGACGAGAUGAUCGCCGGCUCGUCCGUCGCCGUCCUCGUCGACUUCUACGCGACGUGGUGCGGGCCGUGCCAGAUCCUCAGCACUCAGGUCUUCCCCGCGGUCGCGGCGGCGGUCGGGAAGGACCAGGUGAAGCUCGUGAAGAUAAACACGGAGAAGUACCCGAACGUCGCGAGUACGUACGGCGUGGAGGCUCUGCCGACGAUCAUCCUGUUCAAGGACGGGAAAGUCGCGGACCGGAUCGAGGGGCUGCCGAACGCGCCGCAGCUGAUCGAGCGCCUGAAGUACUUCCUCGCGGCGCCCGCGGCGUGA